GACAAUUUUACUGCAUUACCGGAAGUGCUUGAGUUGAGCGAGACUGUUGAAGUUGUAUCGCGACCUUGGCUAAAAAGCAUGUAAACAUGGACAUAGGUUUACCGGUCACAUCUUGUAUUGUCGCUCGAGUGUGUUAGGUUUUACUAGCGGAAUCCAAAUAGAGCCGCUUUAUCUUUCUUUCAACUUCAACUUGAAGUGAACGUGCGUGGUGUUGUCGAAGCGCAGCUACUAGUCAGUGAGUCUAGACUCUAGCAUGAAUCUCUUGCUGAAGUCCGUGUGCCGUGGUGGCCCGGCGGCGGCGUUGUGCUGUCGGAGUGUGGCAUGUGGAGCCGAUUUCCUUCAGAACUGCGCCAGCCGCGUGUUGUUGUCGUCUGGGUUCAAGACUUAUCAACAGCCUCCCGACUACUCCGGUGUGGUGAUGCCUGAGCGUACAAAGCUCAAGUUUAUGGAUAAAGUACCUACCUUAAAGAAAGUCAGAAGGGAGAUGAAGCGGUUAAAAGACAUUUCUGGGCCAGAGAGAAAGCUCAACACCUUUACAACAGGGCAUUAUGGCAUUGUGGCAUUGGGUGGAGGCUACCUUCACUGGGGUCACAUGGAGAUGAUGAGACUUACAAUCAACCGAAGCAUAGAUUCUCGCACCAUGUUUGCUGUCUGGCGCAUUGAUGCCCCAUACAAGCCCAUCACAAGCAAGGGGCUUGGUAAGCGUAUGGGAGGCGGCAAGGGGGCCAUCGAUCACUAUGUGACACCUGUCCGCUAUGGGCGGCUUGUGGUGGAGCUUGGUGGCCAUUGCGAGCUUGGUGAAGUGGAGAGGGUUCUCUCUGAGGUAGCCAAGAAACUUCCCUUUCCUGCCAAGGUGGUAAGCAGGGAGAGUCUGGCUGCUAUGCAGCAGGAAGAGGCUGAGAAACUGCUUAAUAACCAGAAUCCCUGGACCUUCGAACAAAUUGCUGUGUCCAACAUGCUGGGUAUUCGCAAAGUGCUUAGUCCAAUGGACCUGCGACACCACGGCCGCUUUGCUGGCAAGUUCCGUGUGCCAGGGCGGGUUUGAGCGUGACUGUUCCUGUGUGGAGUCAGGAGCAGCUUUGUGGUACCAGCAGAAAGAACAAGCUUUUGCAUGCAGAUGUGAUGAUUGCAAUGGCAACAGUUAUGCAAGCUGUGUUCAAGCUUGGAAUUGCAAAUCACGUGACUUUCUAUGGCUGAUAUAGAUCUUCAUGUCCAGGACCAUCUCUCAUUGGCAGCAUGACCACAGCAUUACUACAUCAGCUUUUAACGUGAGCCGUACUUACAGAGGCGGCAACGUAGUGGCAAGAAGAAGUUAAUCUCAUAAACUCCUGUGUGUCAGGAGUCAGUUUCCUGCCAACAUAUUAUGGUUCUUGUA